AUGAUAGAAGAUUUAAACUCCAAUCUAUUAAAUAUCACAUAUAUUUUCUUAAUUUCAAGCCUAAUAUAACAUUGCACAUAAUCAACUAUUGUUUACACAGAUCCAUUCAGCGAUUUUUAAAGGGGUAAAAUAAAUCUUAUAAUUUAAGAUUGCAAUAAGUAUAAGAUAGUCAAUGGUAGUAGUUCAAUCUCCUCAUAAGUUUGCGGCAAUUAUAAAACAUUAUUCAUUACAUAGCUUUCUUAUCAAUUUUUGAUUUAUGAGACUUUAUAGCUCUAACCUCAUUAUGAAGUAACAUUAGAAUUCAAGUUUUUGAAGUACUAAUAAACUUAUUUUUAAUAGAUUAAAUAAUAACAUUUCACGGGAAUUUAUUGUUUAUAUAGAAGAUAAAAUCUACCACUAAUAGAAUUAUCAUAACUCUAUUAAUUCAGCUGGAUUAUACAGUUGUAAGUCAGAUUACCUUAUUUUCCCUAUUACUAUUACUAUUUAACAUUCAAGUCCUUCUGUCACAAUCUCAAUGAUUGCUGAAAAUAAUUAUUGGGGAAUAACAGAAUUUAAAUUAUCAAUUAAUGAAUGCUUAAAUGAAUGCAUUUAUUGUGAUUCAUUUUUUUGUUUUUAUUAAGAAUUAUUUUUGACCUUAUUUAAUGAAAUAACAUUCUCUGUUGUGAGAAUAGAAGACGGAUGGUCCUCUGGAGUUGAUAGAGUAUAUGUAAUUGGAGAAUGCUAUGGUAUGUUUAAAAUAAAAUUAUUUAGGAUUUAAUUACCUCAAAACAUCUGCCAAUUAGUUGUAAAAAGAUUUUACUUUAGUUGAACACAAAAUGAUAAGUUUUUAAGCAAAGAUAUUAAUAUUUAAUUCAAAUUCUACUAUAAUUAAAGUUUAUAUAGAUGAUAGUUUAGUAACUACAUUUAAUUAUGUUUACCAAUAACUAAAAUUUGAUGGCUUAAUAUGUGAAUACAUUUCAAUUCAAGAAAUUAAGCUCUUAUAAUAUCAACAUUUUAGAACAAGUUUAAAAAUUACAAUAAUAGUUGAAUUGAAGUAAUAUUAUUUUUCGCCUAGUUUAUCUCCAUAUAUUGGACUAAGAGAUUUUCAACUAUUUCUAGAAAGACCUGCUGAAUGUUAUGAUAAGAAUAUUAUUCCUUUUGAUGGAUGCUUUUCAGAUUUUUUCGAUUGUGUUGAAGGUUGUGGAUUAUGUAUUCAAGGUAUUUGCUAAGAUUGCUUAUUUGGAUGGGAGUUUAAGGAGUCAACAAAAUCAUGUAUCCCUAUUUGUGGAGAUACUAUCAUUACACAAGAUGAGGAAUGUGAUGAUGGUAAUUUACUCGCAUAUGAUGGAUGCCACAAAUGCAAAUAUUCUUGUCCAUAAAAUUGUAAAUAUUGCUAAUUUGGAAAGUGCUAGGCUUGUCAAAAUUAACAUCAAAUUAUAGGAGGUAGAUGCUAAUUUAUCGGUGAUGAGUCAGAAAAAACUCAUUACGAAGGAAACUAAGAUUAUUAUGAUUUUAUAAUUUUGGAAGGAUAACGUCGAUAGGACGAAAUUGAUAAUUAAUUUGAAAGUGUUAUUCUUUAGAAUAGAAAUCCCUCUUAAAUUUUGAAUGUUAGAAUACUUGAAUAACAAUAUAGCAAAUAUAAAUUUGAUUAUCUCAAUAAUUGUAAGGUUGAGUAAUUUGGAAAAUGUUUGGAAUGCCAUGUCGAGUAUGAAUUCAAUUUUCAUAAAACAAAAUGCAUUCCUAGAUGCAACGAUGGAAUAUUAAUAUAAGAAGAAAUUUGUGAUGAUGAGAAUAGAAUCCAAUUUGAUGGUUGUUACAAAUGUUUAAAAAGUUGUUAAAUAGAAUGUUUAUUUUGUUCUGAAAGUAAAUGCUAUAAUUGUCAAAAUGGUUGGCUACUUCAAAAUUAUUAAUGUAAAUAAAUCUGUGGAGACGGAUAAUUAGCAAUCAUUUCUAAUGAAUAAUGCGAUGAUCCUGAGGAUCCAAAUUGUGCUAAUUGUAACUAUUAAUGUGAUAGUGACUGCUUGGUUUGUAAUGAGUUUCAAAAUUGUGAGAUAUGUUAAAGUCCUUUUUAUAUCAAGAAUGGGAAAUGCUUAUCAAUCUGUGGAGACAAUAUCAUUACUCCACCUUUUGAAUAAUGUGAUGAUGGCAACAAUAUUCCAUAUGAUGGUUGUUAUGAUUGUCAAUUAUAAUGUUCCUUCGGAUGUAUAAAAUGUUAGAAGGACAACACUUGUGUAUAGUGUGAAGAAUAAAAUUACAUUUUAGAUACUCAAACUUAAAUAUGCUAAGAAAAAUAACGUAAUAGUGAUUUACAACCUAACGAAGAUGAGGGUAAUAAUGAUAUAGUAAUUGUUUCGUGUAAUGAGAAUUAACAAUUUAUCAAUGAUCAAUGUGUUAAUUUAUGUGGUAACGGUAUACUUAAUAGUCUUUUUGAAUAGUGUGAUGAUGGAAAUAAUGAAGGAGGUGAUGGGUGUUCAGCUUUAUGUUUUGAAGAAGAUUCCUAUAAAUGCAUCAAUUAGAACAAUUCUUUCAGUAUUUGCACUUUUGUCUAACAACCAAAUUUUGAAUUGAUCCUACUAUCAGAUACCUAGAAUCAAACAAAAAUUAUUGAAUUAAGUUUCUCUUAAGAAGUAUACUUAUUAUCCUAUCAAUACUUUGAACAAUUUGUAGAAUUUACAAUCACUCCAUAAACUUAAUAUUAGUUAUCACUACAUCCAUUAAUAAACAUAACAGCUUAAUUAAGCCAUCCUAAGUAUUAAAUUUCUGUUUAAUUUUUGGAACCUGUCACAGAUCCAAUUCUACAACUCAAAAUCUAGUAGUUCUCUAUUUAUAAUCAAUAUGACAUGUAAUUAAAAAGUAAUUCAAAAUAAUUACAUCUUGGAACACCUUUUGUGUUAUCAAAAGCUACUUAAAAUAGAGUCAAUUAAGUUAUUAAGAUGAAUGAUGCUAUAGUAUAUUCUACAGUUAGUAUUGCAAGUUUACUAUUCUUAACUGGGAACUAUUUUGUAUUUUUAAAUUUAUUAGAUUUAUUAUAGUCUUUAUCCUACAUUAGAUAUAUGGAAUAUAAAUUUCCUCCUCAUCUAAGUCAGUUUCUUGAAACUUAUACUAAAAUUUCCUUAUAACCUAUUUUAGAGAGUUUAAGAGUUGAUGAACUUUUUACUAAUCUCAAUGGAGGCACAAUCCCAUAUUUAAAAAAGAAAUCACAAAAGCCCAAUACAAUAAAUGGUCUUAAUUAGAUGUAUUUAAUGAAUGCAAAAGGAUGCUACUUCUCUUACAUUGCAUCAUUAAUAACCUAUUUUAUGUGUUGUCUAAUAUCUUCAAACAAAGUAUCAGAUUGGUUAGGAUGUUACUUUAAAAAGAAUGAAGAAAAGAUUAAAACUCUUCGACUAAUUUCAAUAUUCUAGCAGAAGAUCCAAUUAUAAUGUUAAAAACUUAAAAACUAUUAUUUCUCUUCAGGAAUUGUUCAAAUAUUUUAUUCAACCCUUCAAUAAUUACUAUUUAGUACGCUUUUACAAUUUCCUGAAUAUUAGUUUAAUUCCAUUUUCGAAAUAAUUAAUAGUGUUGCAGCAUUGGGAAGUUUAUUGUUUUUGAUAUCAAUUUUUUUUAGAUUACUUUCCAUAACAACUACUUAAAUAAAGAACAAAUAAAAAUGGAAAUAUUUUUUUUAAGAUUCAAAAACUGAAUUUUGGGCUGCUAAUUUCAAGCCAUUCCAAAUUUAUAGAUCUGCUUUUUAUAUUACAAUUAUAACUGAAUUAAUAGGAUAUCCUUAAGCUUAAUCAGUUUUACUUUCGAUGCAAUCAUUUUUUUAUUUACACUACUUGAUCCUCUUUAGACCAAUAAAAUCAAAUUACGAGAUGGUAAAAUUAAUAUGUAGAGAAGUGAUAUUAUUAAUUAUCACAGGGUCAUUUUUAGUUUACAGUUUGGAAUUAAAUCAUGAUCAAUUUUUUUUAUAUGGAUGGUUUCAUAUAGCACUCUUUUGUUUUUUAUUAGUCUUUACUUUAACUGUUGACCUUAUGGAUUCAGUCUAAAAAACAUGUUAUAUCCGUUUAAAAAAAAGAUAAACUUAGGAAAGGAAGAAAAUUCUGUAAUAUUAUGAAAAUCCAUUAUAAAGAUUUGUUUAGGAAAGUAAGAAUGAUUAAUAAUUAAAAAAAUGA